GGGGCGGUUGAGAGGAUUCCCCCGUCGGAUUCAUUCUCGAACAUUUCACUGCUUCUUUUCCCGCGAUACGCGAUAAUGAUACUAUCGCAGUCUGUAGGCAUACGCCUAUGGAAUCUCGUGCUCUGUUAGCAUCAUGGUUCGUCUGCAAGUCUCUUAUGAGCUAUACAACUUCAAGAAACCAUUUUCCUUCCGGAAAAAGAAGGAUGGCAGUCAAGAUGACCCUCCGGAUUACGUCGAAAUCCAAGAUGCGGAGGACCCCACCUCGACACGAGAGAUGCGCUCGGCGAGCACGCCCACCAUUCCCGACACCAAAUUUCGAGAUCGAUCGUCAGUUGCUAGCUCUAGUAUUAGCCAUGCGAAAUCUACAGAAAGCCAGUUCUCCACCCCUUCGGAGAACUCGGCAACAUAUCGCGGGAUUGAAGCUUCUAGCAAAGAUCCGCUUGGUUUGAAGGUGGUGCAUCGACCUGUAGGUCAACGACGGGUGGAUAUAGUUUUUGUUCAUGGGCUGGGUGGUAGUAGCCGCAUGACGUGGUCUCACGACCGCAAUCCGGACUUCUUUUGGCCGUUGAAAUUUUUGCCGCUCGAACCGGAUAUCAGUGAAGCCCGGAUCCUGACUUUUGGCUAUAACGCGAACUUUCGCCCGGGAAGCGGCAAGAAUAAAAUGUCUGUUCUUGAUUUUGCGAAAGAUCUCUUGUUUGAUCUGAAGCAUGCUCAAGAUGAGUCUGUGCCGGAGUUAGAAGACUUAGGCAUGGGAGAGAAACCCAUCAUAUUCAUGGUACACUCCAUGGGUGGGCUCAUUGUGAAAGAGGCCUAUAUGCAAGGGCAAAAUGACCCAACCUACGAGUCUAUCAUCAAAGCCAUAUCGUCCAUCAUUUUCCUCUCGACGCCACAUCGCGGUACUAACUUGGCCGAUACACUCAAUCGCAUUUUACAGGUGUCCUUUGUUACUAGUCCAAUGAAUUUUAUUGCCGAGCUCGCUGCUGGUUCGCAAACCCUCCAAAAGCUUAAUGAACAGUUUAGACAUGCAGCCCCAAAGUUGCAGAUUGUAUCGUUUUACGAGACCCGUCCUACGACCAUGUUCAAGAAAGCUCAAAUAAUGGUUCUGGAGAAGGACUCGUCAGUGUUAGGCUAUCCCGGAGAGAUAUCCAAGCCCCUCGAUGCAGAUCAUCACGGUGUCUGCAAAUAUGAGAGCCCAGACGAUCCACGUUAUAUCACUGUACGAAACGUCCUCAAGACUUUGAUCACGAAAGCUAAGCCAAAGCAUCAACCCUCCGAAGUAGAUAGUCAAUCCGUCGCCAGUUUUGAGGAGUACCUUUCCGUUUUCGAAUCUCCCGAUGCAGAUUACAAUUUCUUCCGCGACCGCUGGACUCCCGGAACUUGUACUUGGAUUGAACAAAAUGAUGCAUUUAGUGCAUGGCUGGAGGAUAAGAGCUUCAGACCCCGAGUCCUAUGGGUCAACGGCAACCCCGCAAGCGGGAAAUCGAUCUUAUCUUCGUUUAUCAUAAACCACCUUGCCCAACUUGGCUUGCCUUGCCAAUACUUUUUUAUACGAUUUAUGUCCCAGGAGAAGCGGGGGCUGAGUAUGUUGUUGCGGUCAUUAGCUUGCCAGCUUGCCAACUCAACGCCAGCCUACGGGGAAAGACUUCGCCAACUUCAAGCGGCUGCUGCGGAUCUAAAAACUGUAGACUAUCGGACAAUCUGGCAAUGGCUAUUCAGACAGACUUUAUUCCGUUUAGACCACAACUACCCCAUCUACUGGGUUAUUGACGGUGUGGAUGAGGCGGAUCGACCGGCGGCGUUGAUUCGACUCUUAUCGGAACUAGAUCAGACUACCCUUCCUCUUCGCGUCUUGGUCGUGAGCCGGAAAACCCACGAAAUCACAUCGGCAUUCCAAAAACUUGCUAGACAGGUGCAAAUGGAUACGGUGCGAUCUGAAGGAAACAUUGUUGAUUUUCAGUCUUACAUUGGUCACGAAAUGGACCUAGCUGGCGAUACAGAGUACAGAAAGGAAGUUACUGCAAAGUUGUUAACCCGCGCAAAGGGCAACUUCCUUUGGUUACACUUAGCUGUGCAGAGAGUCAAUGCCUGUCACACAAGGCCGGACGUCGAAAAGGCGUUAGAGGAACUUCCGUCGGGGAUGGAGGCGUUAUAUAAUCGAAUGGCUACGUCCGUUCAGUCUCAGCCGAAUGUUAAUGACCGGAACCUUGGGCUCAAUAUACUGGGCUGGACCACUUGUGCUCGGCGGCUGCUGAGCGUUGAAGAACUUCGCGAUGCCUUAGAGAAUGAUGGCGUUCUUGAGAUCCAUAGGACAAUAGGAGAUCUUUGUGGUGGCUUCGUCACUAUUGACCAUGAGGGCAAGGUUGCUAUGACACAUGAGACGGCUCGAGAGUAUUUGGUGCGCAAAGGCGAAGGUUACGGGCCACUGGCAAUCAAUCGCCAUGUUACCAACGAUAAGCUUUUUAAGAGGUGUAUCGCGCGAUUGACAGAUACGAAUCUACGAAGCCAGAUCAAUCGCAACCGACCCCCAGCCCUGCUCGGAUACGCCAUGACCUCGUGGUCCCACCAUCUAGUCCUUGGUUCAGUCACUAAUCCGAAUAUCCUGGAAAUCGUCAUGAAUUUUCUUGGAGGACCCCACGUACUCACCUGGAUCCAUGUCGCUGCUAGGGCAGGGGAGCUCAGAGCUCUAAUAACUGCUUCUCGUCACUUAGUAGAAGUUGUCUUCAAGUUGCGACGAAUGGACGAUGAUGAAUCCGCAAUACACCGACAAGCAGCUGCGGUCAUUGAAGGCUGGGCGACCGACUUCGUCAAAAUUGUUGGAAAGUUCGGUAACAACUUGAGACGACAUCCUGAUUCGAUUUAUAAACUUAUACCCCCGUUCUGCCCGGAAGACUCUAUGAUUUAUCAGCAAUUUGGUCGCAAAGAGUCCCGGUUACUUCAGGUCUCUGGGUCCACAAGAACUAGUUGGGAUGAUUGUCUUGCCCGAUUCUCCCUAGCUCAAGGGGUCGUCGCGUCGUCAGUGAUUGCCGCUGGUAGCAGAAUCGCACUCCUCACCGUUAUCCGAAAGUUAAGCCAAGUUAUCAUUUAUAAUGCGGCGACUUUCGAAGAACAGCGCCGCAUAACACAUCCUGAACGCGUUUUGAGCAUUCAAAGUAAUAAGCUCGGCGAUCUUCUCGUCAGUUACGGUUAUGUGACUACAAGGUUAUGGAAUGUAGUAACAGGAGAGCGCCUUAAGACGAUAAAGAACCCCCCAAGACGUCCACGACCGCAUAGCAUUCACUUUGAUGAGAAACGUCGGUUAGUUUUAGUAUGCUUUGAAGACAGAUGCACCAGAAGUUUUUCCCUCGAAGACGAUGGUGCGGAGCAAUGGGAUACGCAGGUGCAAAUCGACGAACAGAGCUUGGACGAUACUACUGUAAAUUUCCCUACGGUCGCUUCAAUCAGUCCAGAUGGCAAUAUGGUGGCAUUCGGCUAUCGAAAUCACCCAGUCACAGCCUGGGAGUUGGAACCAUCCAUGUUAAUCGGACAAUGCAGCAUCCCCCUCGAUGAAAAUGACAUGACGACUGAAGUUAAUACGUGGGGUGAAGUAUUCCGUCUCGCAUGGCACCCGCACUCUGGCGAGGUUAUUGGCUUGAAUCUAGUUGGAUUAUUGUUUAUAUGGGAUCCCUAUGAGGAGGAAGCCAGUGCGACCGUCCAUACCGGCGCAGAUAACUUCACUAUUAGUUCUGACGGUUCACUUAUAGCGACGGGGGAUGCAGUUGGAGCAGUCAAGGUUUAUUCCACUGCUGAUUUUUCAAUGCUAUAUCAGCUGGCUUCCCAAGACCCUGUUCUGUACAUCAGCUUUAGCGCCGAUUCUAGAAGACUUUAUGACAUCCGGGGGUCGUACUGUAAUAUCUGGGAACCUAGCGCUUUGAUUCGCCUUGCGGAUUGUUCGGAUCACAAUAGCAACAGCGACUCCCACAGCGAGACUGAAAGUCUCACUAAGAUGUCGCUUUACGCCGAACACCACUUCGCGAGGGUUGACAAUGUCAUUGCCUUAUCCGGCCAGCCUGUUGGGCCAUUGUACUGUUACGGAACAGAAGACGGCGUCGCUCUCUUGUGUGAAGCGGGGCGAGGAAAGAUUGGUGAAGUAGAGAGAUUAGCGAAUUAUGUGUCUAUUGAACACGUAGCUUGGAGUGAAGAUGGACGCUUAAUUGCGCUUGUUGAUCUAAGUGGGCGCCUCGCAGUGAAAAGGGUUACUCGCUCCCCUGAGAGCCCAAGUUCUUGGCAGGUGUCUGCCCAUUUUGAUCUUGUCAUUUCACAAGAACAGGGACAUAUCAAUCAGAUUAUGUUCCAUCCUACUGGGCAAAAAUUGCUGGUAUGCACACCAGCUAUUUUGUUCUCGAUAGAUCUUGGAUCCCAAUCCUUGACAGAGUCCAAAUUCGAGUCGACAAUGCCCAAAGUUAAGUGGGUUAACCACCCAACAGUAACGGAUACUCUCUUGGGAUUCGGAAACACCAAAGUGUAUGUCUUUGGAUGGGGCGAUCUACGAAAGCGCGAGGUUUAUAGUUACUUUCCGCCCAGGAUGGGCAGGUCGACAACGAUUUCGGCACCGUCACUAGCUCAUGGGCACGCAGGUAGUUUCCAAAAGGAUACCGAAACUCUCGGGAGACUCAUUUCAUCCACCGACUCUCCAUAUGUUCUCCUAGAAAUAUCAUCGUCGACUAGCUCAGGCCAUUUUGAGAGUCAAUACUUGCUGAUUGACGUGGACAAUAUGCAAGGUUCCUCCGAGGAAGAAUCAAGUCAAGACCCCUUAUUCCUUUCAUACACACUUUUGCCACAGGAGGUUGCUACUCGAAUACGUGAGCCUCUUGCGUUUCUAUCCCGGAGAAGACUCGCAUUUCUCGAUAUUGACAAGUGGAUAUGCACUUGGCGUCUACCAGUUUCCGCUCCAGCAAGACCUCAAGGCAGGAAAGGCUCCGAAUUAGGGGUCGCUGGUAUCGAGCAAUAUUACUUCCUCCCGGGGGAUUGGGUCACGAGCAACGAGACACGGUUAUGUACAAUUACCCCGGAUGGGACAUUACUAUGUCCUAGAAACGGCGAUAUAGCCACCGUCCAAGCCGCGAAAUUAAGAAAAUAAAAGACGCAAUGUAAAUACAGGAUAGGAUUGAAUCUGGCAAUAUCGGCUACGUUAAAUGUGUUUUUAAGAGUAUAGCAUUAUACCCGCCCCUUAGCGAACGCUUGUAGAUAGAAUUCCCCAGAGAUUAGGGGCUCUAGAUUAGAAUCAUUAACGUACCCGCCCAAUCAAUUGAAUUAUCAAUUGAUCAUGAAGAUAUCAUGUAUACCACCGCGUUAUAAAAGUCCCAAUAUUCAGAAUCCCGUCUACGGACAUGACUUCAAGGGUCAACACUCAUUUCGGUGUCACGUGCAUAAGAUUCUGCAGCAAGGU